GUGGAGGGGGGCUCUGAGAUGGAGGAGGAGAAGAAGGUGGAUGGGGGCUCUGAGAUGGAGGAGGAGAAGAAGGUGGAUGGGGGCUCUGAGAUGGAGCGGGCUGGAGAGGGGGGAGGCCCAGGGCCCGGUGGUCCCGUCCCCGUCCUCACAUUCCAGCCCCCAGAGGAGAAGAGUGUGUGUGUGGAGGAGGACCAGACACCCAGCACAGGAGGGGCACUCUUAAUCCCAAGUCAUGGAGCACCCAGAGCCGACUCUCCUACUCCCAGUGGAGACUCCCUGAAGAGCCACUUGUCACGCCAAACGCCUCCCAACUUCAGCCCUGAUGUGAUGCAGGAUGAGAGUGAAGAGUCUCCAGAGGACAGUGCAGUCUCCAUGAGGAGUUCUGAGGACUCCCCAUUGGACAACAGUGAGCUGAGCGAUGGCCGCCUCUCGCUGGGUCUGCCCCGGUGUGACGUGUGUGUGAAAGGGCUGACUGACCCCGUGUCCUCCAUCUCCUGCGGACACCGGUUCUGCGUGGAGUGCGUCUCCAGCUACUUGGACCAGUCUGGAACCGCCACAUUCUCCGACUGCCCUGCGUGUGGCAAGGACGCUUUGAAAACCGUAAUUCAAGAUCAUAAGCUGAAUAUGAAGAGGAGGUUUGGAUCCAUUAACGAAGGCAGUGCUUGUCCAAAAUCCCGAACGCUCCUGGAAGACAUCUACACCGAGCUCCACAUCACCGAGGGAGAGAGCGAAGGGGUGAAUAACGAACACGAGGUUAGGCAACUUGAGUCCGCCCCCAACACCCAAACCAGUGCGGACACAGCUAUCAACUGUAACGACAUCUUUAAAUCUUUACCUGGGCAAGAUCGACACAUCAGGACCGUGAUCACCAAGGGAAUCGCUGGCAUUGGGAAAACGGUUUCCGUGCAGAAGUUCAUCCUGGAUUGGGCGGAGGGAAAGGCAAAUCAAGACAUAGACUUUAUGUUCGUCUUGCCGUUUCGAGAGGCCAAUUUGAUGAAAGACACAGAACACAGUCUCCACAACCUUCUUCUGAAAUUUCACCCAGAGCUGAAAGGUUUGAGGAGCUCCAAGCAAUACCUAGGCUGUCAACUGGUGUUAAUCUUUGACGGCCUGGAUGAAAGUCAGCACGCACUGACAUUUUCAGAUGCCCCCGUUUUGUUGGAUGUAACACAGACAGCAUCAGUGGAGGCUCUCAUAACAAACCUCAUUGUUGGGAAUCUGCUUCCUUCAGCUCGCAUAUGGAUCACUUCACGACCAGCGGCAGCCGAUCAGAUUCCCUCGGAGUACAUCCAUCGGGUGACAGAGGUGCAAGGGUUCAGCGAAUCGCAGAGAGAAGAGUACUUCCGGAAGAGAAUCAGUGAUCCCAGUAGUGCUGUCAGGAUCAUGUCUCACCUGAAGGCGUCCAAGAGCCUCCACAUCAUGUGUCACAUUCCGGUCUUCUGUUGGAUCGCGGUCACCGUGCUCCAGGAGAUAUGGGAUCAGAGCACGACAGCCAUUCCCAAAACCCUGACUGAGAUGUUCAUCCACUUCCUGCUCAUUCAGACGGUCACCAAGAAUCACAAGUACGGUCAAGGAAGCGGUUCAGGAGAACAAGUAAAGAUCCUGGAAUCAAACCAAGGCAUCAUUCUGAAAUUGGCCAAGUUGGCCUUCAGACAUCUGGAAAAGGGCAACCUUAUGUUUUAUGAGGAGGACCUGCGAGAGGGUGGUAUCGACGUCCAAGAUGCGGCAGUAUUUUGUGGCAUGUGUACUGAGAUCUCUCGUGCCGAAUCUCUCUUUGGCCAGGCAAAGGUUUACAGCUUUGUUCAUGUGACCAUCCAAGAGUUUCUGGCAGCAUUUUUCAUAUUCCACUCAUACAUGACCAAGAAUCGAGAGGACCUGGUGUCGUUCCUCCCAGACGAACCCUCCAACCCAAAGUCAACGAGCACCGCAAGUGGUCCUCUAAAGGGUCUCUUCAAAAAGAGGACCACAGCACAGCCCGAUCUGGCCUUGCACACUCUACUCAAGGCCGCCGUCGACAAGUCCCUCCAGAGCAAGAACGGACACCUUGACCUUUUUCUCCGAUUCCUUCUCGGCAUCUCCCUGGAGAGCAAUCAGAGGCUCCUGCAAGGCUUGCUGUCUGGCACGGAGAGCACGGGCAAAGGCAUCGGCAAGACCAUAGCCUACGUCAAAUCCAUGAACGAGACCCACGUCUCGCCCGAGAGGUACAUCAACCUCUUCCACUGUCUGCUGGAGAUGAACGACCACACCAUUCACGAGAAGAUCGAGCGCUACCUGAAGUCUGGGAAGGAGCAGAAGAAGAAGAGCCUCUGUCCCUCCCACUGCUCAGCGCUGGCCUCCAUGCUGAUGAUGUCAGGCGAGACUCUGGAGGAGCUGAACCUGAAGAAGUACAACACGUCGGCCGAGGGACACAAGAGACUGAUCCCGUUGGUGAGGUGCUGCAAGAAGGCCGUCCUGGCUGGCUGUAAUCUUACUCCGCAGUGCAUUGAACUGGUGCUCUCGUCUCUGGUCAACACACCCCUGAGGGAGCUGGACCUCAGUGAGAACGUCCUGCAGGAUUCAGAGGCACAGCUUCUGACCGACCAGCUCAGGAACCCGCUUUGUAAACUGCACUCACUGAGAUUAUCAUCUUGUGGAAUGACAGAACAUAUGUGCGCGUCUCUGGCCUCCAUCUUGAGUUGCCCCACCUCUUGUCUCAGAGUGCUGGACCUCAGCAACAACCAACUUUAUGACGCCGGCGCCAACCUGGUCUCAGACCAGCUUGGGAGUCCACACUGCAAACUGGAGGCACUCAGGCUGUCGUCCUGUCGUCUCUCCGAGCUGGGCUGCGAUUCUUUGACCCGUGCUGUGACCUCCAGAUCGUCCCGUGUGAGAGAGCUGGACCUGAGGCACAACCACGUCGGCCAAUCAGCCGCCCGUCUGCUCCUCUCCGCUGUGCUGCACCCCCAGUGUAAACUAGAGACGCUCGGAUUAAAUGGAGUUUCAGACUUGUGGUUAGAAAUUGGACCAGGGAAAUACACUUGUGAGCUGACGCUGGACGAGAACAGUGCAAACGACCACCUGGCGUUCACCGAUGAAUGCACGAAGGUGUCGUUCCUGGAGGACCCCCAACUCUACUCCAACCACCCCGACAGGUUCAGCUUCUGGCCCCAGGUGUUGUGUAAGGAGCCCUUGUCCAGCCCCUGCUACUGGGAGCUGGAGUGGGCGGAGCGGGUGGACGUGGGCGUGGCCUAUCUGCAUAUCCAGCGCAAGCUGGAGGAGGAUCAGUGCGUGCUCGGACACAACGACCUCUCCUGGAGCCUGGAGUGCCACGACGGACACCGCUACACCGUCUGGAGGAACGGCAGGAAGCUCGACCUGUUCGCCCCGCAUCACAUCCUGUCCAGGCGGGUGGGCGUGUUCCUGAACUGGCCGCACGGCACGCUGUCCUUCUACAGCGUCGCCACGGACACCGUCCAUCACCUGCACACGUACCACGCCAAGUUCUCCGAGCCCCUUCACGCGGGGUUCAUGGUGUGGCCCGACUCGUCCGUCACCCUGUGCAAGAUCCAGACGGGGGGCGGGGCCUCCGCCUCACAGGCCACGCCUCCCUCUCGGAGUGAAAUCCAGUGACGUAUUAAAAGACCACCUCAGCAGUGACGUACAGUAGCUACAGAUGAAGCGUGAAGACAUUGUGUCUCGUCUAAGAUUAUCUUUAGCGUAGUGCAUGAGCGCAAGAGGACUCAAUUUACUCUUGUGGGAACAACUGUGACUCUGAUAAUGGAACUCUCUAGAAAUGGUCUAUAAAGGCCAGUUCAAACCAAAGAUUCGCGACGGUCUGAGACGGUUGCGGAGAGCAGUUGCGGCGGUGUGAAUCAAAAGUUGCAAGCAGUUGCAAGCAGUUGCAAGCCGUCGCUAAACAUUCAACAUGUCAAAUCUUAGUUGCAGAGUUUUAGAACGUCGCUGGUUUUUAGAAUGUUGCAGCUCGUCUCGUCGCGGAUCUUGUGUUUGGACUGGCCUUAAAAGACCACCUAGUGACAUACAGUAGUUACAGACUAUUUCAGAUUAUUUCUGAUCAUUCUCUCUUAUGCUGUUUUUUUUAUAAUGAUCGUCAUCUGUGUGUGUUACAGUGAUACAUUGUCAUUUUUCUGUGUGUGUGUGUGUGUGUGUGUGUGUGUGUAUGUGUGAUUGCGAUACCUGUCUCUAGAGUCUCAUUACUGUUUUGUUUUUAAAGACAAGCCCGCCUCUGAAUUAAGCUGUUUGAUGCAUUUUACGACUGCAAGAGUAAAAAUGAAUUAACAUUUAACAUAGUUUGGCUAUUGGGUUUCAUAGAUUCCUACAGGGCUGGAUUUUAAUGAUUAGGAUGUUUAUUGUGUUUUACAAAAAAAAAUAGGCAAAAAGGUACAUCCUUACAUCUUUAAUGAAUUUGGAGGAUCAUUUUAGAAAAUACAUUAGUAAAAUAAUUUAAAAUAUGUAAAAA